CCGGAGUCUCCCGGCAACUUGGCGUGGUCGGUUUACUAAAGCCAGUUGGCUCGCGUGCGCGACCUCGCGCGCUGCUGUCUCUCGGCCUCAUGGCCGGGCUGACCCUGUUUGUGGGCCGUCUCCCGCCCUCGGCCCGCAGCGAGCAGCUGGAGGAGCUGUUCAGUCAGGUGGGGCCGGUGAAGCAGUGCUUCGUGGUGACCGAGAAAGGGAGUAAGGCAUGUCGAGGCUUCGGCUAUGUCACUUUUUCUAUGCUGGAAGAUGUUCAGAGGGCCCUCAAAGAGAUUACCACCUUCGAAGGCUGCAAGAUCAACGUGACUGUUGCCAAGAAAAAACUGAGAAAUAAGUCCAAGGAAAAGGAGAAAACUGAAAAUUCAGAAUCCCCAAAGAAGGAGCUGAAGCCUAAAAAAGCCAAAGUGGCAGAUAAGAAAGCCAGGUUAAUUAUUCGGAACUUGAGCUUUAAGUGUUCAGAAGAUGACUUGAAGACAAUAUUUGCUCAGUUUGGGGCUGUCCUGGAAGUAAACAUCCCUAGGAAACCAGAUGGAAAGAUGCGUGGUUUUGCUUUUGUUCAGUUCAAAAACCUCCUAGAAGCAGGAAAGGCUCUCAAAAGCAUGAACAUGAAAGACAUAAAAGGGCGGACCGUGGCUGUGGAUUGGGCUGUGGCAAAGGAUAAAUAUAAAAAUACACAGUCUGCCUCUGUCCCAGGUGAGGAGAAGAGGCCUGAACCUAAAUAUCAGGAAUUAGGUCAAGAGAAUGGUAGGGAAGAAGAGGAUAUGGAGGAGGAGGAGGAGGUGAAUGAUGGUGAUUAUGAUGAUGAAGAGGAUGAAGAAGAUGAGGAGGAGAAUAAAGAAUUAAAGCUGACCAAGCCUGUGCAAAUUCAGAAGAGAGCAGUCAAGAGGGCAGCAGCUGCAGAAAGCAGUGAGGAGGAGCCUUCUGAUGACGACAGCGACCUGGAGGAAAGAGAUAGUACUGAUGGUGGAGAGGACCUGGCUCAGAGUGAUACCAGCCUUGAAGAGCAAGAGGAGGAAGUCUCGAAGAAGAAGAAGAGGAGGAAAUUACCCUCUGAUGUGAAUGAAGGGAAAACUGUCUUUAUCAGAAACCUGUCCUUUGACUCAGAGGAAGAAGACCUUGGAGAGCUCCUCCAGCAGUUUGGAGACCUUAAAUAUGUUCGCAUUGUCUUGCAUCCAGACACAGAGCAUUCUAAAGGUUGUGCAUUUGCCCAGUUCAUGACUCAAGAAGCGGCUCAGAAAUGCCUUGAAGCUGCUUCUCCAGAGACCGAGGGUGCUGGACUUAAACUGGAUGGCCGGCAGCUUAAGGUUGACUUGGCAGUGACCCGUGAUGAGGCUGCAAAGCUCCGGACAAAGAAGGUGAAGAAGCCGACUGGGACCCGGAACCUCUAUCUGGCCCGAGAAGGCUUGAUUCGUGCUGGGACGAAGGCUGCAGAGGGUGUCAGUGCUGCUGAUAUGGCCAAAAGAGAACGAUUCGAGCUGCUGAAGCAUCAGAAACUCAAGGACCAGAAUAUCUUUGUCUCCCGGACGAGGCUGUGCCUGCACAAUCUCCCAAAGGCUGUGGAUGACAAACAGCUCAGAAAGCUGCUGCUGAGUGCCACUAGAGGGGAGAAGGGGGUGCGCAUCAAGGAGUGUCGGGUGAUGCGAGACCUUAAAGGUGCUCAUGGGAAAAUUAAGGGUCAGUCCUUGGGCUACGCCUUUGCAGAGUUCCAAGAGCAUGGGCAUGCACUGGCAGCCCUACGCCACAUCAACAACAACCCGGAAGUCUUUGGGCCUCAAAAGAGACCAAUAGUGGAGUUCUCUUUGGAAGAUCGAAGGAAACUGAAAAUAAAGGAACUGAGGAUGCAUCGCAGCCUGCAAAAAGUGAAAUCCAACUCUGCAACUGGUGAGCCCCAGCAAGAAAAACCAGAGCUUGGAAAAAAACAGCAACAGAAAGCAGCUAAGAGCCACACGCAGGAACAAAGCAAGGCCUCCGUGGAGCAGAAGGAGACGGCAGGAUCUGUCUCAUGGACAGGGUUCCAGACCAAGGCUGAAGUGGAGCACGUGGAACUGUCUGAUGGGAAGAAGAGAAGAAAGGUCCUUGUGCUCCCCUCACACCGAGGCCCCAAAAUUAGGGUGCGGGACAAAGGCAAAAUGAAGCCUUUCCCUCCCAAGAAGCCAAAGCCCCAGGUAAACCACCAGAAGCAAGAGGAACAGAAGUUAUCUUCCAAGCAGGUACCUAGGAAGAAAGCUAAGGGAAAUAAGACAGAAAUACGCUUCAACCAGCUGGUCGAACAAUAUAAGCAGAAAUUAUUGGGACCGUCUAAAGGAGCUCCUCUUGCAAAGAGGAGCAAAUGGUUUGACAGUUGAUGAUGCUAGCAGACUGGGUAAGAAGCUGGAUUGUGUGCUCCUGGUAGAGCCUUCUCGCCUCCGCUGUGUCACUUGGUGAGAGAAAGAAGCCCCCUGAGUGCACUGCCACUUUGGGCUGUGCACAUCUGAACUUCGGUCCUUCAGUGAGUGGUGUGUGACUAGAUCACCAUAAAGGGGAAUCUCAGAAAAACAUCGUGAUGCUUCUUGCAUAUUUUGUGUGAAGUCUUGCCUAUAAUUCUUAUCUAUUUUCAUUCUUUGUUUCUCAAAUGGAAACAAUUAUAAAAAGCACUCUUGACUGCUGAAUUUUUAAGAUGUAUAUUUUGUUAAGUGUCUUCUCUAAAUGAGAUAUUUUGUGGCU